GGGGCCUCCCGGCUGCCAGAAGAGCCGGGCCGGGCGCCGCCAUGACGCGGUAGCUGUUAUCGUCGCCGUUGCCGCUGCCCCGAGUCCGGCCGGUGCAGCCGGCACUGCCGGAGGGCCCAUGAGCCUGAACGAGCACUCGAUGCAGGCGCUGUCCUGGCGGAAGCUCUACCUCAGCCGGGCCAAGCUCAAGGCGUCCAGCCGCACCUCCGCGCUGCUCUCGGGCUUCGCCAUGGUGGCUAUGGUAGAGGUGCAGAUAGAGUCCAAUACCGCCUACCCUGCAGGUCUUUUGAUUGCUUUCAGUGCGUGUACUACUGUGCUUGUUGCAGUUCAUCUUUUCGCCCUCAUGAUAAGUACCUGCAUCCUUCCAAACAUAGAGGCUGUGAGCAAUGUGCAUAACCUCAACUCUGUAAAGGAGUCCCCUCAUGAGCGCAUGCACCGGCACAUUGAGCUCGCCUGGGCGUUUUCCACAGUCAUCGGCACUCUGCUUUUUCUGGCAGAGGUGGUGCUGCUGUGUUGGGUGAAGUUUCUUCCACUCCAGAACCCUGUUGUUUCAGUCCCUAACACCACUUACACCAUGACCCCUGGAAAGGCAGCAGCCAUUGCCUCGACAUCCAUCAUGGUUCCUUUUGGAUUAGUUUUCAUAGUAUUUGCGGUCCACUUCUAUAGGUCGCUGGUGAGCCACAAAACAGACAGGCAGUUCCAAGAACUGAAUGAACUUGCAGAGUUUGCACGGCUUCAAGAUCAGCUGGAUCACAGAGGCGACGCCAUGCCACCUCCUGGCAGUCAUUUUGCAUAAAACCUGUAUUAUUUUCUUUUCUUUUUUUAAUCUGCUUCUCAGCUUCUGCCCUGCUAUGUUAACUCCCCCAUGCAUGAAUUGCCUGUACCGUCUAUUUGUUUUCAAAGAGAGAUUUAGAAGCACUGUUUCAGUUUUUCACAGUAGAAAGCACCAAACAUUGCACUAUCCAGUUAUCCAGAAAUGCUAUGACAUGUAGAAGGCUGGGUGUUGAGGCAUGGCUAUAUUGAGCAUGCUUUUCUCAUCCCUCCUCCUGUUGGAUUAUUCAACAUCAGAAGGAAACAGUGGCUGUGUAAAUGGGUCAAGAAAAUUUAAAUUCUAAGUCUUGGUGUUCAAUGGGGUGGGUUAGGAAGCCUGAUUUCUCCCUUCAUUUGAUGUUGGUGUUUGCUAGAAAGUAUUGCUUGUCCAGUACGUGUUGCAUGGGAAGAUACAAAUUACUUGGGACAUGCGGUAGUUAGCACUCUGCUUCAGUGCUAGUGCUGAGCUUGCUAAAAGUCUGACAGAAGCUGGAAGUGAAAGCUUUCCCUACCUCCCCUUCUUUUCCCUUGGCCUCCCCAAGUCAUAUUUUGCUGCCAGGUAAUUAUUACUCUAGCACCAUUUGCUGUGGCAGCUAUGAGUUAUCUAACCCUUCAGGACCAGUCUUUUUAUGAUGUGAUAUGAGCCACGUCAGUAGGACUGAGGCCCUACCUGUAUUCUUCUUUGGAAGAAAAUGUACAGAAAAGCAAUACCUGCUGUAAUAACUUUGAGCCAGCACAUGUUAUCUGAAAAGA